CAAGCAAGAUAAGCACAUUAACCAUCUUUCAUUCUCUUUCAUUAGAGAGAAACAAACACAUCUUUACUUUCAUUGAUUGAAACGCUUAAUUUGACCUCUCUUUUUUGUUUUCCGAUCCACAAAUAAUGGUGUCCUUCAUGAAAGAGUUUGAACAUCUUAAAAUCCAUCUUGAAGACUUAAAAGAAGCCACCAAGAGUUUUGGUAGCAAAGUUAUCGGAGCCGGUGGGUUUGGGAAGGUGUACGAAGGAGAAAUCUCCCACUCUAAAGGGAGAAGCAUAGUGGCUAUUAAGCGUUUGAGUCGUGAGUUUGGGCAAGGAGACCUUGAGUUCCUAAAGGAGAUCAUGAUGCUUUCUCGAUGCUCACAUAAGAACCUCAUCUCUCUCCUUGGAUAUUGUGAUGAGGAUGGUGAGAAGAUCCUUGUGUACGAGCAUGCCUGUAAUGGAAGCCUUGAUCGCCAUUUGAGUUCCAAUGUUCUCACAUGGGCACAACGUCUCAAGAUAUGCCUUGAUGUUGCUAAGGGUCUACAAUAUCUUCAUGAUCAUAGGGGAACCCAACAAAGAAUUCUUCACAGAGAUAUAAAAAGUGCCAACAUCUUGUUAGAUGACAAGUGGAAUGCUAAACUUUCUGACAUGGGACUUUCAAAAAUUGGACCAGCUAAUCACCAACGUAGUGUUCUUGUCACUAAUGUAGUGGGCACCCCUGCUUACUGUGAUCCCCAAUAUAUGGAGGCGUACACGUUAACCAAAGAAUCAGACAUAUAUUCUUUUGGGGUCGUCUUAUUUGAAGUCCUAUGUGGGAGAUUAUGCUUUAAAAUGACCAACGGGCAGUUAGAGAUUUUAGUGCCUAUGUGGAAACAAAACUACAUACAUAAGAAACUAGACCUAAUUAUCUUUAAAGAUAUCAUCCCACCGAUAGACCAUAAUGCUUUGAAAACAUUUUCAGACAUUGCAUUUCAGUGUUUGCACUACUCUCGUGAACAACGGCCAACAAUGUCUCUUCUUGUGAAAAAGCUUGAGAUCGCACUUAAAUGUCAAGAGCGUCAUGAUAUGAACAUGACUAAUGCUGUGGGAACUUCUGAGAAAUACAGUUUUGUUGGUGAACUUCUCUCCAAAGGCAAAGGGAUCUUUUUUAACAAAAGCAAAACGAAAAAGGAAGGAGCAGGACCAAAAGAUACGAGUGGUGGCAGGAAAAGAGAAAGGGAACUUGUACACUUUGAUGGUACAAUACCCUUCUCACUAGAAGAUCUUUUGAGGGCAUCAGCUGAAUUAAUGGGAAAAAGUAGUUAUGGAAAUUAUUAUAAAGUAACAUUGAAAAAUGGUGACCAUGUUGCAGUAAUGAGAAUGGGAGGAAAGUUAGCUAAAAAUCAGAGAGAGGCCGAAGAUAAAUUAAAUUUGCUCGGGAAAACUAGGCAUGAAAAUCUUAUGACAAUAAGGGCUUAUUAUAUGAGUAGUGAUGAGACACUUUUCGUCUAUGAUUACAUGCCUAAAGGAAGCCUUGCUGCUUUUCUCCAUGAUCGAAUAACGUCAACAGUAGUUUGGUCAACAAGAAUGCAAAUUGCAAAAGGAAUGGCUAGAGGAUUGCUUAGCCUCCACACCCAUCACAAUAUAAUCCAUGGAAAUCUAACAUCAAGCAAUGUUUUUCUCGAUAACAACAUUAACCCCAAGAUUUCUGAUUUCGGGUUCUCACAGCUCAUAACAACUGCUUCAAACUCAAAUGUGAGUGCAACAGCCGGGGUUCUUGGCUACCAAGCUCCCGAACUUUCUACCCUUGAGAAAGCUGAUACAAAAACUGAUAUCUACAGUUUGGGUGUGAUCAUGUUAGAACUCCUAACAGGUAAAUCACCAGGAGAGGUGGAAUUAUCUAAAUGGGUGCAGAUGACUGUACGAGAAGAGUGGGUUUCUGAGGUUGUCGAUCAUGAAUUGCUAGGUAAAAAUACUUCACUUGGAAAAAAGAUGGACAAAAUGCUGCAACUGGCUAUGGAUUGUGUUUCCACAUUACCACAGGGUCGACCGGAUGUUCACCUGGUUCUUCAGCAGCUAGAAGAGAUUAGUUGAUGACGGUGGUGCUGGACCUUCAUUAAGCUAGUGAAAAUGGAGGUCAGUGAUAGUGGAGAUUAUGAUUCUAUCAUCCUUGAAUCAAGAUUUGUUUAGUUGUAAAUACAAGUUUGCAUAUAAUUUGUUUAUAUAUAUGGUAAUUCUUUAAAAUUCGAAUUAUUUCGUAUUAAAGACA